ACCCAGGCACUACGGACACUCUGCUAGGGAUAUUACCAACGUGAUGCAGAAGCUGCAAGAUGAGCAGGAAGCAGUGCAGAAAAGGACGUUCACAAAAUGGAUCAAUUCCCACUUGGCAAAGCGUGUCCCUCCCCUGGUGAUGACGGACCUCUUUGAGGACAUAAAGGAUGGUGUGAUGCUGCUGGCCUUGCUGGAAGUCCUCUCAGGGCAAAAGCUGCCAUGUGAACAGGGCAAGAAGCUAAAAAGGAUCCACUGGGUCGCCAACAUUGGUACAGCUCUUAAAUUCCUUGAGGGUAGAAAGAUUAAGUUGGUGAACAUCAACUCAACAGACAUUGUGGAUGGACGGCCAUCUAUUGUCCUGGGGUUGGUGUGGACCAUCAUUCUCUAUUUCCAGAUUGAGGAGUUAACCAGUAGCCUACCAGCACUCCAUACCAUGUCCAGCAGCACCUCCUCACUGGACAGCUCCACCAGCAGCACUGAAACCACCAGCCCACCUGUCAAAAAGAAGACUCUCCCUCCUCUGCAGGGUGGAGCCAGAAAGGCAUUACUGAGAUGGGUCCAGCAGACCGCCACCAAAAGUCUGGGGCUUGAGGUGAGGGACUUUGGGCCCAGCUGGCGCACUGGUUUAGCAUUCUUUGCAGUUAUCAAUGCCCUGCGGCCAAAUCUUGUUGACAUAGAGCGAGUAUGGAGGAGGCCCAAUCGGGAAAAUCUGCAAGAAGCUUUCUUAUUGGCUGAGACUGAGUUGGGCAUUCCACAGCUUCUUGAGCCAGAGGAUGUCGAUGUAGAAAAGCCAGAUGAGAAGUCUGUUAUGACAUAUGUAGCCCAAUUCCUGAAGCAUCUUCCAGACCGAAAGCAGAGCGGCUCCGAGGGACAGCUACAAGUAGAGCAUGAUCUUGCUCCUCGGGAAAUAGAGGAAAUGUUGGAGAGAGAGCAGCGAAAGAGCCUGAGGGAGCUCAGGAUGUGGCUCGACCAGCUGGAGAGAGACGCAAUACAGGCUCAGGGGACUGAUGGCAGUCUUGCUCAGCAGUACCAGCUUUUCAAGAGUCUGCGCGUCCAGUUGGAAAUGAAGAGAAAGCAGGUGGAGGGAGCUUUACAGUCUACUCAGAGGGACGGGAUGUUGACUGUGGAUCAGGCUUUGGUCAAACAGGCCUGGGAAAGAGUUUCCAAAAGGUUACUAGACUGGCAUCUCCAGCUGGACAGGUCUCUGCCAGCUCCUCUGGACACAGUGGGGGCAUGGCUGCAUGAGGCUGAGGAAGCUCUGCGACAGGAGAUAACCAUCCAGCAGGCACACGACAUCACAGCCAGCACUGUACACAGAGCUCUGGAGCAGCACAAGGAUGUGUUGAAGAGCCUGGAAAGUCACCAGCAGGUCUUUCAGAGAAUCCAUAAAGACAGAAGUGUUGAUGGAGUGCCUGUUCCCUCAGACCAGCUCCAAGACAUGGCUGAGAGGAUGAACUUUAUCUCUACGUCUUCUAGCAUCCACUUGGCUAAAAUGGAAUUUCUGGAGAACAAGCAUCACAUGCAGGCCUUCCUCACUCUGGCUGAGUCUAAGCUAAAGUCCUGGAUCAUCAAAUAUGGCCAACAGGAAUCUGUGGAACUGAUGCUUCACAACUAUAUUUCAUUUGUGGAGAAGCAACAUUUCUUUGAAAAUUAUGAAAUGUUGUUCCAGUCUCUGAAACAAUCUGCAGAGGCCUAUGUGAGUGCUGACAGCUCAGUGGAUGAAGGCGAGAUGGGAGUGCGCAGGUUCAUGCGGGAGGUGGUGACUCAGUGGAGGAGCCUGUCCAUGGAAGUACGCAGUGUGAGGAGCAUGCUGGAGGAAGUGCUGUCCAACUGGGAGAGAUACACCUCCACUGUGGCCUCUUUGCAGGCCUGGCUGGAAGACGCAGAGGAAGCCCUGAGCCAGCCAGAAAAUACAAAACGAGAGUUUUUCAGGAAUCUCAGCCACUGGAUGGAUCAGCAUGCAGCCAUGAACGAUGCAGGGAAUUUUCUUAUUGAAACGUGUGACGAGACAGUGUCGCUUGAUCUCAAGCAGCAGCUACUCAUUUUAAACGGACGAUGGAGAGACCUCUUCCUCAAAGUCAAACAAUAUGCCCAUUCAGAUGAGUUGGAGAAGUGGAGAAAAGAACACUUGAAGGCUGUGUGGGCCCUGAAAGAGCUGCUGGACAUAGCUGAAGCCAAGCUCAAUGCUCCUGUUCAAGUGUCUUUCCUCAAUGUUAGGGCUUUUCUGCAGGAUGUGGAGAAUACCAAGCAAAAGGUUGUCACUAUGGAGACGCAGUACAAGUUGGCUGCCCGCAGCGCUCAGCUCCUUGCCAAGGAUGCGUCACAGGAUGAGGCAAACAGGGUCAUGGCAACUAUGGCAACAGUCAAAGGUCAACUAAGCAAGGUGAGAGAGCGGUGUCCCUCCCUGAUGAGGGAGUGUCAUGUCCUUCUGCCACUGCUGGAGGAGAUGGAGAAACACAUCAGUGCUUUUUACCAGGCACUGGAGCGAGCGAGUCGCAUCACUUCUGCUGGGAGAGACCCAGAGUCACAGGCACAAGCCCAGCAAAAAUACAAGUGGCAGGAUUUGUUAAAUCAGCAGCAAAGCUGUAAACGAUGUUUAUCAGUGAUUGAGAGGAACCACCACACCCUGCAGAGGGCGCUCUCCACCAGUAAGGUGCUCAGAAACUUCGAUACGUCAUUGCUGCAAAAGAGAGUUGCUGAAAUUCAGGGCUCGGCACAGGCUUUGCUGAAGGAGGUUGGGGAAUGGAGAAGGCAGGAAGAGGCCAACAACUGCCUGAGGAGGAGAUUUGAGGAAUCACGACAAGAGCUGGAGAGAGUGUUGAAGAAGGCUCAGGGUUGCUUGAGAGAGACUGGAGAUGCUGAGGAAUUAUUAAAGAAACACUCUGAUUUUUUUGGACAACUGGACCAACGGGUGCUGAGCGUGUUCUUGAAAGCGUGUGAUGAGCUCACGGACAUCCUACCACAGGACGAGCAACAGGGGCUGCAAGAAACUGUCCGCAGGCUUCACAAACUCUGGAAGGACAUUCAGAGCGAGGUACCAUCUCACUUGCUCCGUCUCAAGGUGGAGGUGGAGCAAAGCCGAGUCGCUGUGAUCCUACAAGACUGCAGAGCUGAGCUGGACAGAGAAAUGCAAGCCCUGUCAGGCACCUGCACCAGCGAGCGAGUGAUCAAAGAGCACAGAACUUUCUUCAGGGAACGCAAACCUCUGACUUUGUGUGAAAAGAGGAUUAGAAACAUGGAGGAUAUGUGUUAUAAGUUGCCUGACAACGACCAGGCUUAUCGAAUGCUUGACUGCACUAGAAGGGCUGUAGAAGAAAUUCAUGAGCAGAUAAAGAGCACCCACCUUAAGCUGGAGCAACACCCUGAUAAAUGGAAAGAGUGGAAUGAAAGGUUCUGUGAGCUUUCUGAUUGGCUCUCAUCUCAGAAAAGGCAGGUGAGGCUCUUAAGAGAGACUGCAAUAACUUCCAGUCAUCAGGAGCAACUUGAUGCUGCUGUUCAGGCACUACAGGAAGCAGUGGACACUCGAGAGGAGAGUCUGCUGUGGCUCAAGAGCCGCCUUGCUGUGCUGUCUGAUGUUAGCUCUGAAGUGGAAGUCCAAAGGCAGAGAACAGCUUUGGCUAAACUCUCAACUGACUUGCGGGCAGUCUUCUCUUCACUCUGUCAGCUGGGUGAAGAGGGCUCUGCUAUGUUCCAGUAUGAGGAGCUGAGAGAUGAGGUGCAUGGUGCUCUGGAGGAGGUUCUGAGGGCCCAAAAGGAGGGUGAGGAGCAGAUCAGCAGAAUUUUGAAUGCUGAGGGUCUGGAGGAAGCCAAACAACUUUAUCUUAUUCACCAGCAACACCUAAAGCGCCUGCAUGCUAACAGGAGAGAGGCAGAGCUUCUGGUGUCCCACUGCCGCCAGCUGCAGAAAGGGGAGGUGCUCAGUCAAUCUCUGCAGGAGCUGGAAGGGGCUUUCAUUGAGGCUGACCACAAAUCAGGGGCAAAGGAGCAAAAUCUGCAGGCAACGCUGAGCUCCUGGCAAAAUUUCGAAGCAGAAAGAGAAACAGUUUGGAGAUUUAUCAGCAAUACCAGCAAUGAGUUACACAGAGAACUUAUUUUCAACAGCUUGGAAAGCCUGAAAAUUGAGCUGGAGCAUGACAAGGAGCUCUUCACAGAGGUUGAGGAGUACUCUGUACGAGCAGAUCUUCUAUUAGAGAAGGCAGAAGACAUUCUACUCGGUCCGAAGAAUCAGACUCUCCUCCUGCAGCAGGCACAGUCCACCAGAGAAGCAGUCGCACGACUUCAAGACCAGCUCAGCAAGAAUGUUGUCCAGCUGGAGAUGAUAAUUGUGUGGUGGGAGCGCUUCAGCAGUGAAUCGGGGGCCUUCUCUCUUUGGAUCAAUCAGAAACAGAAGGAGCUGGAGGCUGUCAACAUUUUCUCCUCCUCUGAUCCUUUAGACAAACACAUCAGCACUGUAGAGGCUGUGGGGGACACUUUAGAGGAGAAAAAGGCAUCUCUUGCCCACAUGGAGGCUGACUGUGAGGCCCUGUCCAGGUUUGUGACCCCUGGGGAGGCCGGUCGCAUCCGGGCGCAACUUAUCCAGGCGAGACAAUACUGGGAAGAGCUGAAGGGGACAGUAGAGCGGCUUGGUGUACAGCUCAACCAGAGCGCCUCCUACAGGCAGAGAUGCAAUGAUAAUCUUGAACAGGUUAAGAAAACAGUUAGUGACCUGAAAGAAAAACUGGACUGUCCGAUCACAUACUGCGUAUCAUCAUCAGAGACAUACAAAAUCCUCCAGGAUCACAUGGAGGUCUGCCAGAGUGUUGAGCAGCUGAAGCCCAGGCUUAUGGCCUUGUGUUCUGCCACAAAGAGGCUCGGAGAGGGCAGCCAGCUGGAGGAAGAGGUGGCUAACCUCCAGAAGCAGCAGAGAGAGUUAAUGGAAAAGGCUGCGGAAACACAAUCUACUUUAGAGAGCCUUGUUGCUCUGUGGCAGAGAAUAAAGCUGCUGGAGCUGCAGUUGGAGCAGUUGGAGCAGUUUGAUCAGGCACUGCUGGCCCUUACCCAGUGGAGUGAAAACUUCCUGUCUGUCUUGAGAAACUCCUCCCAGGUUGAUACUGCUGAUCUUGAGGCUGCAAUUAUGAAGCUGAAGGAGCAUGAGACACAGCUACGGGAGAAUGCAUCACUGAGAGAGACGCUCCAUGAAAGAGAGUCCUCCCUACUUUGCUUCUCCACCCCAGAGGCCCAACAGCAGCUCCAAGCAUGGAGAGAGGAUGGCCUGCAACCCCUCAGUGAAUCCCAGCGUCUCCUGCUUCUUCGUAAAGAGUGCCUGACUGAGUUAAACACUUUCCUUGAGAAGCAUAAAAUGGCCGCAAAGGCUGUGCGUCGCCUUAACGAGGCCGUGGAGGGCAGGGGGAGCUGGGACCGCUCCAAAGCUGAAGAGCUGCAUCGUGAAAUAGGAGAGGUGGCUAAAGAAGUGGCGCGUCUUGAGGCUGAAGCUGUAGGGUUAGAUGGGCAGCUGAGCAAAGCACAUCUGCAUCUGUGUGGAGCAGAGUGGAGGGGCUCUAAAGAUGUGAGCCAUCCUCAGGGAAGAACAUCUUGCAGAGGACAGGCAGUUGCCCUGACAAUGGCUCUGGAGGAGGUACAGAGGGGUGUGGGGUGGAGACAAAGUGAAGCAGAUGCUUUAGGAGCCUUGUGGAGCUCCUUCAGAGAAAGGAGAGAAGAGGUGAUGAAGAAUUUGAAGAAACUGGAAGAUGAUGCAAGACAGGAGGGGGCCAGAGAGAGCUCUGUACAGGCCUUUCACAGCAGACUGCGUUUCUUUGUCCAACUGGAGGAUGAGCUCCUGUCCCUGCAGCACUCCCAAAGGUGGUUAGAAGAGAAGGGAAACCAGCUGGCCCAGAGAGACAGUGAGCUGGCAGGAGAAGCACUCAGGGAGGUAGCUCUGGUGAAGACAGCCUGGGAUAACGUCAGGACUCUGAUCAUCAAUGGUCAGGAACACAGUGGAGUUGUGUUAGAUCUUCUUCGCCAGUUCCACCUCCUGAAGUCGAUCCUCACCACGCUCGUGGAUAAUGCUCAGACUGUAGCUCACAAUCUGCCUGACCACAACCACAGUGCUCAGGAGGCCAAAAGGACUUUCACACAACACAAGACCAUCCAAGAUGAGCUGAGAGAAAAACAGGAAGACAUGGACCAGCUCAUCAGGACGGUUGAGGAUCUGCAGAGAGAGAUGGAGAAGGUUCCCAACUGUGAAAUGUGCUCCAUCCAGAGAGACAUGGAGACACUCAGAGACCAGUGGCUAGUGAUCUCAGAGAAAAUACAAACCAACACAGAAAGAUUAAGCUACUGUGUGACACUUUGGGAUAACCUCAAGGCCAUGGAGCAGGACAUCAACCAAUGGACCGCCACUUCCAUCGCCGAUCUAACCGACGCCGUCGCCAGUCUCAGUGACAAGGAGAAGACUGAGGCCCACCUUGUGACCUUUCAGGCAGAGGUUGAAAAGAGGGAGCAGAUGCUGGAUGUUUUGCAGGGGAGAGUGACAGAUUUGAAGGAUCGAGCACGACUGCAGGAAAUCCCAUUACAAAUGCAGGUCCUGGAGUCCGAUCUGAGGAAGAAAAUGGCCCAUGCACAGGAGGUGUACAAUCAGGCCAAGCACACUCUGACCUACUUCAGCUUCCAGAAACAGCGACUCGAGGACCUCAUGUCCCAGAUGGCCGAGCGGCUGGAGGCAGUCGAGGGUUCCUUAUCGGACCUCACUGAAACUACUUCCCCUGAAGACAUUGGGACAGUUAAGGACCUACAGAGUGUCGUGCAGCAGCAGAGGGCAGACAUGGAUUCGGCUAGAGAUGCCCUGACUGCUCUGUGCAGAUCACAUCCCUCUGAGGAGCUGUCACGCCUCUCCUCUGAUCUCACCUCCAUUGCCAAGCGAACCGAGACUGUUUCCCAACGCUGCGCCAAGGCCAGAGGAAACCUGCAGGAUGGGCUGCAGCUCCAUUUCAACAAGCUUGUCCAAGACUUCAAAUCCUGGCUUACAAAUCUGAAGUUGGAGCUGAAAGAAUGCUCUAACCAGUCAGGAGAUGUUAUCCUCCUUGCAGCCAAGUUACAAAGGUUAAAGGUAUCUCUUCAGCAGACAUCGGAGGGUGAGAAGCGCCUCUCUCAGGUUUGUAAAGAGGCUGCAAAGCUCCAGCUCCACCUACCUAAAGCUGGAGCAGCACAGGUUCAGGAGAGCCUCUCUGCCUGCCAGAGAGAGUGGAGGAGCUUCCUGGAUGGCUGUUCUCAGAGCCUGCUGGACUUGGAGGAGAGCAUUGGUCUUCUGAAAAAUUUUGAUGACUGCGUCCAGGGUAUAAGAGACUGGCUGAAGCAGAUGGAUCUCAGCCUUAAGACUGAGCCUGUUCUUGGGGGAGAAAGCCAAGAAGGACCCCCAGACACCAUGGAAGAGCUGGAAAGGAUGGAACAGCUCCAUAAAGAACUGAUAGAAAGAAGGGAGUCUAUUGAGCGACUUUGCCAGGAGGCCCAGGCUCUAUCUGAGGCAGGCCGGGGGUCAGGAGUGGAGGUCAGAGUAACAGGCCAGCUCCAGAUGGAGUACCAGGUUCUACUGAAGGCAGCCAGGGAGAGGCUCCGAGGCUGCCAGGAGAGCCAGGCCUUUGGAGACACUCUCCAGGGAGUUUGGGGCUGGCGGGAGGAGAUCCAGGAACGACUGGGUACAGUAGACAGCACGAUGGGGACCAAAGAACAGUUAGAGCAGAGACUGGAGACAGUGCAGGACAUCCUGCUUUUGAAGGGAGAGGGGGAGGUCAAGCUGAAUAUGGCAAUGGGAAAAGGUGAGCUCGCCCUGCGCAGCUAUGGCGCCACCGGGCAGGAAGUGGUCCGCUCUCAGUUGCAGGAAUUGGAGGAUGCAUGGGCUACACUACUUGUGACUGCCAUGAGUUGCCACAGUCGAUUAGAGUGGACUGUGUCCCAGUGGGGAGGAUACCUUGAGAGUGCUGCCCAGCUGCGGUGCUGGAUGGAGGUUGUGGAGCGGGAGGUGUGUGCCCCUCUUACUCCUCAGCCGGGACCCAGAGAAAAAGCCUCCCAGCUGGAGAGACUUCGUGCUCUGCUGGCUGACCUUGAAGACCACCAGAUGGCACUGUCCACUCUGGAGGAAAAAGCCAGAGAACUCUUCAAAAAGACUGGUGACGCCAGCUUUAACCAUGGUGCUCGCACCCAGCUGCAGGUGCAGUUUGACAACCUCACGGCUUUGGUGGAGGAGAGAGUACGUCUGGCACAGGCGGUGGUGUUGGAGCACCAGGAGUACCUGGAGGCAGUUAGAGAGCUCACUGAUUGGCUGAUGACUGCAGGGGAGGAGCUACAGCACUGGUCUGAUACAUCAGGAGACUCCGCCUCCAUCAAAAAGAAACUGACAGAAGUGAGGGAGCGUGUGGAGUGUCGACUCCUGGAGGGCCGAGACCGCCUCAGCCGGGUACGUCGCAGCGCGGCGUCCACAGCGGAGCACACGGCGGCGGGAGGCUGCGAGGCCAUGGAUCGACAGCUGGGGGCGCUGUCCCACGCUCUGGAGCAAUGGGAGGGGGCCGCUCUGAGGGCCCGGGAUAGCCUAGAGGGGGCCCUGUCCGCUGCUGCGGCCUCGGAAGAGGAAUACGAUCGUCUCACCGCCCAACUGGAGGAAGAGUUAAAAAUGUUUGAUGGACGUCUGAGGGGGUGGAGCCAGGAGCUUAUCAAAGCUGAAGGGCAGAGUAACGGCGAGGAAGCAGUGGAGGGAUGGCAGCUGGCUAAGGAUAUACUGGAGGGCUUGCAGAGCGCCGAGCCAAUGGCGGAUAAGUUGAAAGGCCAACUGAAUGACCUGGUGCGGUACUCCAGAGACCUCGGUUCACAGUCAGACCGGGUCACUGCGCUAAUCAAACAACACAACAGUCUCAGUCUUCGUGCAUCCAGGGAAUGUCAAAAUAAGGAGCGCUUGUUGGAGCAGAGGUUUCGUGCAGCCCUUAGAGACUUCCAGCAGUGGCUGGUCAAUGCCAAAAUCAGCACUGCCAAAUGCUUUGAUGUGCCACAAACUGUCACAGAGGCCUCCUCCGCUUUGCAGAGGAUUCAGGAGUUCCUGAGUGACAGAGAGAAUGGCCAGGCCAGGCUUAGUACAGUAGGAGCCAGUGGAGAGCUGCUGAUGGCUGUAGUGUCCAAGGACAGGGUGGAGGGAAUCAAGGCCAAGGUGGCAAAUGCGAGAGAAGACUGGAAGAGCCUGAUGAAUAACCUGCAAAUGAGAGAAGAUGCACUCAAGAACCUGCAGUCCCAGAUGACAGUUGAGGCCAGUGCCGAACCCCUACAGGACUGGCUGAACAGCACAGAGGUCAGAGUUCAGGAGAGCAGUGCUCGCCUGCAUGACCUUCCAGCCAAGAAACAGGAGCUCAGCAAACUACAGUGUGUGCUGGAAGAGAUGGCCUGUCGGGAGGUAGAGCUGGGCGGGCUCAGGGAAAGAGCUCAUCGACUCUGGGAGGGACAAGCAGCUGGAAAGGGCUUCGUCCACAGGGUGUCUCAGCUGUCAGCACAGUUCCUAGCACUCAGCAACUUAACCAAGGACAAGGUCAGGAUUGAGCGCAUUGUAGGAGAACACCGCCUUUUCUCUGAAGGACUUAAAGAGCUCCAGGACUGGGUGUGUGAGGCUCAGAGGGUCCUCAACACCUGCAUCUCCACCACUACUGACAAGGGCGUGUUGGAGGACCGGAUGUUACAACUUGAAGCCUUACUGGCUGCCCGUCAGGAGAGGGAGAUCCAACUUAAAAUGCUCCUAACGCGUGGAGAAGCAGUCCAGAGGAACACUUCAGCUGAGGGGGUCCCAGUGAUUCGUAAACAGAUCCAAGACCUCAAAGACUCAUGGGACUCAUUGCUGUCUGCCUCAAUCCAGUGUAAAAGUCAGCUGGAAGGCGCUCUGUCACAGUGGACCAGCUAUCAGGAGGACGUGGGUCAGUUUGUGCAGUGGAUGGAUCGGGUUGAAGAGACGCUUAGCUGCUCAGACAGACAGUACUCUGAGAUGAGAGACAAGACUGCUAACCUGGGAAAGACCAAGCUUCUCUAUGAGGAAGUACUGAGCCACAGCAGUCCUCUGGAGACCAUCGCCACAAAGGGUUCCAAUAUGGCUGAACACUACACAACACAGCAGGAGGUGCAGCAGCUGCAGUGUAGAUACAACGCCCUCAAAGAAAGGCUAAGCAAAAAUGCAGUCAGCAAGGCCAAGGAGCUGGUGCUGGUCCAUCAGGAAUAUCAGAGGGGGUUACAUGUGUUUGAGGACUGGCUGGAGAAGGAGCAGGCCUCUCUGGCCUCAUUGUCCCAUCCAGAGGGAAACGUAGAUACACUUGAGAAUACUCUGCAGCAGCUACAGAACCUGCAGGAACACUGUUCAAAUGGCCAGGCUUUGCUCUCCGCUGUGCUUACCAGCAGAGAAAGAGUAAUCCCCUGGGGUAUACCUCAGAUUGAGGACCGAGCGCUGGACACCGCUCAGCGAGAGUGGGCGGCCUAUCAGAACCGCCUAGAGGAUACUCAAGCCCAGCUGCGCUCCACGCUGACUCGACUGAGGCAGAUGGGGCAUAAGUUUCUGAGCCUGGCUCAGUGGCUGGAGGAGAUGGAGAGGGUGGCUAAUAUCAGAAGUAAUCGGAGGUCAGAUGCAACCACCAAACAGAUCCAGCUGAAGAAACUCAAGGGGUGUCUGGAAGCAGUGCUCACUCGGCAGGGAGAAGUUGAUGGCCUCUCAUCUCUGGCCCAGGAGGUUCUGGAGGAAACGUACAUCAGUAGUCGUGUCAGUGUUACAGCCACCCAGCUCACUGCCCGCUACCACUCCCUGCUGCUCACCAUACAGGACACCAUCAAACAGCUACAGGAGGAGCUGAGGAGCAUUGAAGAGGCCGAAAACCUUUGCAAGUCCUUCACCGAGUGGCUCAGCUCCACUCAGAAAAACUUCACAGCGUUAACUGACACUUCUGAACCUCUGGACCAGGCGGCCAUGGAGAAGAAGAUGAAAAAACUAGAGAGUCUCCAGUCUGAGCUCCAGCAUGGUCACGGCUUCCUGAAAUCCCUCAGGGAGCAAGCAGAACAGGCAGCAGGCUUCCUGAAUGAGGCUGCAGCUGAAAGUUUAGGAGGAGAAGUAGAGGCACGUCUUUCCCAGCUGGAGGAGUUAGCCGGUGGCCUCAGGCAGGAGCGCAGCUUCCUGGAUCGGGCAUUACUGCUAGCUAAGGAGUUCCAGGACCGGUAUAAGGCUCAGGCCCAGUGGCUGGUGGAGACCAAGGCUUUGCUCCGUACACCAGUGGAGCCCAAGGCUGAACUGUAUCAACGCAGAGCACAGCUGACUAAGUAUAAGGCUCUGUUACAGAUGGUUCAGUCCCAUGAUGGAGCCAUCAAGUCAGUGCUGGAAAAGGGUGAUGCCCUGCUUUCUUCUGUCCACUAUCCCUCCAUUAGAGAUAAAAUGAGCAGACUACAAAAGGACUACACUGGACUCUGUGAUGUUGCCUUGGCUCAUGUGGAGAAUUUGGAAGGCCAGGUGAAGGAACAGGAAGCUUACCACAACGAACUCCAGGAAGUGGAGCGCUGGUUGCUGCAGAUGUCCAGCAGGAUGGUGACCCCUGAUCCCAGUGUUAGUGGCAGCCUGGAGGCAGCCACACAACAACUGGCCAGGCACAAGGCCAUCAUGGAGGAAAUUGCAGGCUUUGAGGAUCGCUUGGCAGCCCUGAAAGAGCGAGGAGACCACCUGGUGGAAGGCUGCAGUGACCGUGUGCAGAGCAGGCUGAGACAGCAGGUCCAGGCACACCAGCAAGGCACCAGAGACAGCUACUCUGCCAUCUGUAGCACAGCGCAGCGAGUGUAUCAGAGUCUGGAUCAUGAGUUACAGAGACAUGUGAGUCUGCAGGACACACUGCAGCAGUGCCAGACCUGGUUGAACUCUGUAUCGGAAGAGCCAGAGCCUCCAAGGCAUUCUUCUCUCAGCCUCGAGGAGGCUUUACAGCAGGUGAAGCAGGAACGGGCUCUCCAGGAACAGGCCAGCACUUACCUCCAGCUUGUGUGCUCCGCGUGUGAUCUGUCUGAGCCGAGGGUGAGGGAGACCGCGGCAGCUAUCCAACAGGUCAAACUGCAGAUCGAGGAGCGUAUGCUGCUUUUUGAAGAGGUAGCAGACAGCUGGAGAGACAUCGAGGAGCAGAAGGCAGAUCUGGAGACCCAGCUAAUAGAGACAGAGCAGCAGCUUCAAAAUCUCACCAGGAGACCUGCAGAGCUGGAGCCUAAGAUUGCACAAAACCAGCUGGACAAGGCCCAGGAGUUCCUGCAGCAGAUUAGGGAAAAACAAUCUGAGGUAACGCAUUUGAAUGAAGCCAUCAGCAGGUUGAUGGACGGACAGGUCUCUUCUGCCCUGGAAGAGAUAAGGAGACUGAAGAAAAACUGGAUGGACCUGGGCCAGCGGGCUGAAGAGCUGGAAGCCCUGCGGGGGGAGGACAUGCAGCGAAGUGGAGAGUACCAGGAGAGUGUUGUUGCUGUAGAGGAACUUUUCCAUCAAGUAUCCAGGGAAUGGGACUACCUCGCUAGGGCUGACACAGAGAGUACAAGUGAGCACCUAGAGGCACUAAGGAAGCUUGCCAGUGACCUAGAGGACCAGAGAGAAACUCUAGAAGACUUGAGGGACCAGAGACAAGCUAUCCUGCCUCGACUUAGCCUGCUGGACAAGGAGCUGGUCAAACAACAGGUGGGUCACCUGGAGCAGCGCUGGGCACAGCUGGAAGCUCUGAUUCAGCAGAAGAUCCAGGACUCUGCACAGACACUAGAGGAUCUUGCCCGAGUGGAAAAUCAGCUGAGAGAUGCCAGAGAAUGGGUGGAGGAGCAGCGGCCUGCCCUCACCACUGCGCUGAAAACCAGCCCACCCCCUGAUCUGGCCCAGAGUUUUCUGUUUGACCACCUGAGCGUAUGUGUAGAACUGGAGGCCCGUCAGCAGCUGCUCGGUCAGGCGGUGAGGGAAGCCCAAGCUGUGGCUUCCAGGUUGGGACUGAGUGAGAAGAGAUGCCUGCAGGAGCUCGUUGAACAAGCCCAGACUGAAGUGGAGGCUCUGGGGGCUCGGGUUGCCCAAAGAAGGAAGUAUCUUAGUAAGGCCUUCACAGAGAGGACACAGUUCCUUCAAGGCCUGGGGAGAGCAUUGUCUUGGAUACAGCAACAGGAGAGGAAGGCCUUGAUUGAUGACCACAUAGCACUUCUACCUGAGGACCUGGCCAAGCAGGUUGCUGCAUGUCGAGGUGUCCAGAGAAGCUUACGAGCUUAUCAGAGGGAGCUGGCAUCUCUCUGGGUACAAGGCCGGGAUCUGGAAAGAGAUGCCACUGACAAAGAGAGAACAGAAACCCUGGCAAGACUGGAGGAGCUACAGUCAGCGUUUGAAACUGCCCUCCAGAGGACUACCCAGCGUCUUGCGGGCUUAGAAAAGGCCUUGACCUCCAGGAAGUACUUCCAGGUUGACCUCGACAAGACUUGUGAAUGGCUGAGACAAGCAGAUGACAUAACCUUCCCUGAAAUCAGUUUAAGCAGUGUUGAUGAUAGCUCUGACUUGCAAUCACAGCUUUCCAAUUAUCAAAAUGUCCUAGAACAAGCUUCGGAGUAUGAGAACCUCCUUCUUAUUGUCCAAAGAAUAGGCCAGGAGAUCCUCCCGACUCUGAAUGAGAUCGAUCAUUGCUACCUGGAUGAGAGGCUCAAUGCCCUGCCUCAGCAGUACAAUGCCAUCCUUGCUCUAGCCAAAGAGAAAAAAGACAGAGUCCAACAGAUAAUGCUAGAAAGAAAAGAGUUCAGCACUUUCUUUGAUAUUACUCGUAAUGCACUGGAGGAGCUUCAGGAGCAGUUUGACAAUCUGGAGAAGCAGACUAUCAGUAUUGGAGGGGAGGAAGUUGUUAGCUUAAUCAAUGAACACAGAAAUAUAAAUGAAAGUUUAAUCCAUAUUAACCCUGCUGUCAGAGAACUGCAUGGGAAAAAUCAGGGGUUUCUCAGCAGGGGUCAGCACUACAGAGCUGAAGAGACACAGCAGCUUGUAAGUCUCCACAACACACUGAAGAGGAGGAAUGAUCAGAAGAUUAAACACUUAAAUGAUUGCUUAAAAAUACUAUCUGAACACAAAGGAGUCUUUUCCAAGUUAGACUUGGAGUUAAAGUCUGCUAAAGAGAAACUGAUCAGAUUAAAAUCAGACAAAGAAGUAAGUGCCACAGAUAAAAUCUCAAGUCUUUAUUCAGUGCUGGAAAGUCUGGAUAGGGUGACCUCUCAGGCUGAAGAAUGCAACCAACAGAUUAAAAACCUUUGUCUUAAGAUCGAUGCUGCUGCCUUUCAGGAAACUAAACUGCAGCUCAAGUCGCUGCAGUCUUUACGAUGUGACGCUAAACGUUUCAUUGAAGAAAGUGAAACGAGAGUUGCAAAGAAUGAAGACUUCACAAGAGAGGCUGAGAAAGUGUUGGACUGGUUGAGGACUGUCAAGGAGACAGUGAAGGAUCCUUUGAGCUUUUCAGAGGUCAAAGCUGAGAAGAUACGCGAGGCAGUGCGGAAACUGAAAAUCACAGAGGAAGAAGUGAAAAGUAGAUUGAGGGUUGUUGAUGUCUUGGGCGCCAGAGAAAAGCAAAAGUAUGAAAGCAAGAAAGAAACUGUUCCCUCACACAUAGAAGAGAAGCUGCAGGAGCUGGGAACACUGGGAACUGAAGUUCAACAAGAAAUAUGCGCUAAACAGCUGGCUGCGGAUCAAGCUCUUUCCCUGGUCCAGAGGCACCACUUAUCUCUGCAGUCCAUGCAGAAAUGGCUGGACUCCGCUGCGGCUUUGCUCCAGAGGGCCACCUCAGGGGUGGAGCUUGAAAACCAAGCAGACUGUGCACAAGACCUGGAAGAAAUUUCAGCUCAGGAAAAAACCUUCACAGCUGGUUUAGAGGAGUUCAGGGCUUUGGAGCCCUUACUGGUGGAUUUUGUGGAGGCAGGAGUGAUGAGUGAGCUUAGAGAAAAAGUUGAAGCAAUUCAGCUAAGAAGCACCGAAGUCAAACAGCAAGUGGAUGCUUACAGAGAAGUGCUGCAGAGAUGUGCAGCUUUAUGGAGCUCCUUCCAAUAUGAGAAGGAAACAGUGGUUGAACAAAUGAAGGGUUCAGAGAACAAGAUUGCCACGUUCACUACAGCUAAAGCUGUUAGCGCCCACCAAGCAGAAGACAAGUGUCGAAGAUACAAGUCGCUGGUGGCGCAUGUUGACCUGCUGGAAAUGCCUCUAAAUGCUUUGAAAUCGAGAGCGGCAGAGCUGGAGGAAAUUGUCUCUGAAUCCAGCAAAGCUAUCACCAGUCACGGUGUAUCGUCACUAUGGCAACGAUGGACCAGGCUGCGCAGUGUGGCCCGAGCCCAGGAGAGGGCACUGGAGGACACCGCAAGAGAGUGGAGAAACUUCAAUGAGAAAAUGGACAAGGUACGAUCCGUGUCCAAAGACCUCCACAGUCGUGUCCCAGACUGCACGGUCGAGAAAGCAGCCACCAGGGCGGCGCUUCAGAGUCUCCUGGAGUACCAUGACUCUUUCAGUCUAGAGGUGGAGCGGGAGCAGUCCAUACUGGCUCUGCUGGGGCAACAAACUCGCAGUCUCAGAGGCGAGGAUGACAAGGAGGACGUGAUGGAGAAAAACACUGAGAAUGGGCACAAGGAGACGCCGUGCUCACAGGAGAUUGAGAGCAUUCAGGAGCAGUAUGACAGCCUUGUGUUGCAGGUGCGAGCCAGCAGGGGUCAGGUUCAUCAGGAGCUGAGGGAGAGAGAGGAGGUUGAGAAAGAGCUAGGACUAGUCAAAGGCUGGAUCCAAGACACUCGUGGCUUAUUGCUGAGUCCCACUGCAGACCUGGAUUCACUGCUGCAAGAGCUGGAGACGGCACACGGUGAGGUCAUCAGCAGACGUCAGAGUGUGGAGCGGAUGACAGAGCUGCAGCAGUCCAAGUACCAGGACCUCCAAGCUGGUCUGCCCUCUGAGCUCAGCAUGCAGCUAGCUGAGGUGGCACUGGCUCUCGGCUCUGCUGAGGAUCAGGUGCAGGCAAGGGAAAGGGAGGUGCAGCAGACCAGAGAUGUGAAAGAGGACUUCAGCUCCAGACUGCAGGACAUUGAGGCAAAGCUGAAGACCAUUGCUCUAAAAUUGGAAGACAAGGGUGCCGACCUGGAGGAGGCCAAAGAAGACACCAAAGCUCUUUGUGAGGAGUGUGAAUCCUGCGGUUGCUCUCUGGCAGAAUUGGGAGUGGCCGUGCAGGAGUUCGGGGAGCAGAACCCUUUGCUGUGCAAGCAGCUGGGUGAUGCUGUGGCCAAACUGACAGAGGUCCAGCACCACACCUCGCAGCAGGUCCAGGACAGAGCCAACAGACUGAAGAAGGCAGAAAGACAGGUGGAGGAAUAUCAGGGUAUGAAGGCAUUCAUUCUGGGCUGGACGAAAAAAGCUGAGGCUCUGGUCACUGGUAAUAUCAUUUGGAGCUCUGCCUCCCAGCUGCAGGAGCAAAUUCGAGCACACCAGGCCUUACUGCGUGAAUGCCGAGGUCUCCAUGGUGACUUGGAAGCCAUGGGGGAGAGGGAGGUGCAGCUGGCGGAUGUAUUGCAGACAGAGGGGUGGAGCCAGCGGGUGAAACACCUCAGCAGAUGCACAGAAGAGCUGCAGCAAACUGCCAAGACUCGUCUCCAGAGUCUGCAGGAUGCAGCUAAGGACAUGUUGCGUCUUGAGGCUGAGGUUAAGAGCCUCCAUGCUGCUGUAGACCAGAUACAGGUCACACUUGCUUCUCCUGAACUUAACAAGCUCAGUCUCAGAGAACAGCUCACACAGAGACAGCGUCUGCUGGUGGAAAUGGAGGGCUUUAAGCAGCAGGUCGCUGCUGUACAGCAGUGUCAGAGCGCCCUCCGGCUGCCAGAAGAGGUAGUGGCCAGUCUGCCCAUCUGCCGCACAGCUCAGACUCUGCAGCAGGAAGCCAGCCAACUGCAACAUACCACGAUCCAGCAGUGCAACAUCCUGCAGGAGGCUGUGGUGCAGUAUGAGCAGUAUGAACAGGAAGUGAAGAACCUCCAGAGAUUAAUCGAAGAAGCUCACCGAAUCAUUCAGGACCGGCCCGUUUCCACUAAUAAUAUACAAGAACUUCAGGCUCAGAUACACCACCACGAGGAGCUAGCCCAGAAGAUCCGUGGCUACCAGGAGCAGAUCGCCUCGCUCCACUCCAAGUGCAAGAUGCUGACGGUGAAGGCCAAACACGCCACCAUGCUGCUGACAGUCAGCGAGGUGGAGGGCUUUUCAGACGGCAUGGACGAACUGAGUGAUGAGGAGCUACCCAGUGCUGUGACCGACACCACCCCAGCUGCCACUAAGCAGCUUCCAGCACACCCCUCUGUGGUCAUGGGUCGAGGUACAUUAAGCCGAGCACCCCUGCAGGAACUGUACGACCCAUCUAUGGAAACCAGUGCUGCUAACUUGGAUGACCUGCAGAGAUCCUGGGAAACACUAAAGAAUGUGAUCAGCGAGAAACAGAAGAGCCUGUAUGAGGCUCUGGAGCGGCAGCAGCACUAUCAGGAGUCCCUCCAGUCUAUUUCUACCAAGAUGGAGUCCAUAGAGGGGGCGCUGAAUGAGGGCUUAGAGCCCAACAAGACUCCAGAGAGCCAGAUGGCUGCACACCAGGCUCUGAUGGAUGAGAUCCUGAUGCUGCAGGAUGAGAUCGGUGAGCUACAGAUGUGUUUCUCUGAGGAGCUGGCAGAGAGCGACACUGAUGGAGAUGCUGGGGAGCAACUGGCCCUGCAGUCUACACUUACUGUACUGGGAGAAAGGAUGGCCACCAUUCGAAUGAAGGCUUCAGGGAAACGACAGCUGCUGGAGGAGAAACUCAGUGAACAACUGGAGGAGCAGCGACAGGAGCAGGCACUGCAGCGCUACCACAGCGAGGCCGAGGAGCUUGACAACUGGCUGCUCAGCACUCGUGCCACUCUCAGCUCUGCCCUUCAGCCCCAAAAUGAAGACAUGGACAUGGAGGAGCAGCUCAUCGACUGUCAGAAUAUGCUGUAUGAGAUCGAGCAGAAGGUGUCAUACCUAUCAGAGCUAUCCGUCCAUAGUGAGAGCUUGUUGUUGGAGGGCCGGGCUGAAACCAAAGGAGAGGCGGAGCAACUCACCCUAAAACUACGCUCCCUCAAAGACAGCCUGCUGGAGCUGCAGCAGAUGCUGCAGGACAAACAGGUUGACAUACAGGGUUCACUGCAGGAGCAGGAGGACAGUGAGCCAGAUUCAUCUCUGUCUCAGAGUCCUAAUGUCCAAGAUUGGCUGUCUCAGGCCCGCUCAACUCGCACACAGCAGCACCACGACAACCUGCGUCAACAGAAGGAGUUCCAAGAGCACGUGGCUAAGCAGAGGAGGCUGCUCCAGUCUGUAGCCAGUGUCGGGGAAGAGCUACUCUGCCAACAAACCACACCCAAUGGCGACAGCGAGCUGUCCGUCCCUGGUGGAGUGUUGUUGGAGAACGAGACCUUUUCUCCUCUGGAGCAGCUGAGACAGAGAUGGGAAAACCUAAAUAAAGAUCAGAGCACGAAGCUGCAGCUCUCCCUGAACUCCCUGGAGCAAGACCAGCUUAGCCCGGUCCUCCACCGCUCCCGUCUGUCCAGUCCCAGCGUGGUGUUCAGAGGUGAAGUUGCCAGCCAGGAUGCAUGCUCUCCUAGAGCUUUGUUUGAGGCCUGCAGCCAAACUCUAGAAAGAAUCACAGAGGAGGCGGCGGGCAGAGACGGUAAAUUUGCAGCGUCUUUUGGAGGGGCAACAAUCCAGCAAGACCUGUAUGCUGCAGUAUCAGCAGCCUCCUCCUGGUUGGAUGCUGCUGAGAAUCAGCUGCUUGCUGGCCCUGUGCUGCUCUCUGAGGACACAGAGACACAGCUCACACAUUUAGAGGGUCUAAAUAAACAGCUGAAGGAGAUAGCCAGGGAGGUGAACCAUUGUAGAGAUCUGCUGGGUGGAGGAGUGGACCGGCUAUGUGGAGGAGAAGAACGAGCACUGAUGGAAGACACACUAGAGGGCCUGCAGGAGAGGAUGGGCCUGCUGGACUCUGCGCUGGAACAGCACUGUGACACAAUGAGGGACAGGGUGCAGGAGCAUUCCGCUUUCCAGAACGAACUGAGGUUGCUGUUCACUGCCCUGACUGAAAGUAAACACCAGCUGCUGCAUAAGAUGGCCGGAACUGCAGACAGACCUGCAUCCAAACAGAUAGAGACAUUGUCAGAAGUGGAGGACAGUCUGAGGGAAUUUGAGCAGAAAGUUACUGAGCUGAAGACCAGAGCAGAGGGACUCAAGUCAGACUCACCAUCUAAUCAGGAGCUACUCAAAUUACAAGAUGCAUAUGAGGAGUUGGUGCUCAUGGUGGGCUCCAGACGGAGUAGCCUGAACCACGGUUUGUCUCUGAAAGCUCAGUAUGAAGCUGCUCUGCAUGACCUUAAUGACCUGGUGGACACUGCUCAGGACAAGAUGGCUGCUGACCAAAAGAUGACAGUGGCUUCUGUCAUAGAGGUUCAGAUGUUACUAGACAAACACAAAGAGUUUUUCCAGGGUCUGGAAUGCCAUAUGAUCCUCACCCAGACAUUUUUCAGUAAAGUGUCUGGUUUGGUGUCUCAGAGGGAAUGCCAAGCCCUGGAAGAAACCAUGGCUUUAGCCCACAGUGUGCUCAAGCAGGCCCACAGGAGGGGGGUGGAGCUGGAGGGCAUUCUGGAGUCAUGGAGCAGGCUCGUGGAGGACUAUCAGGCUCUGUGUAGACAGCUGGAGGCGGUGGAGUGUAGCAUCCCUACUGUGGGUCUGGUAGAGGAGACAGAAGAGAGACUAACUGAAAGGAUCAGCCUCUAUCAGCGUCUGAAGACCAGCCUGACGGAGCACCAGCCCCAGCUGUAUCAGGUACUAGAGGAAGGCAAGAAGCUUUUUCUGUCUGUCGGUUGCUCAGACUUGGAGAACCAGCUGACACAGCUGGGAGAGCACUGGCUCUCCUCCACCACUAAGGUCAACAAGGAACUCCACCGCCUUGACUCGACACUCAAACACUGGACCAGGUAUCAGAGUGAGUCAGCAGAGUUGAGCCACUGGCUGCAGUCAGCUCUGGACAGACUGGAGUUCUGGACGACCCAGUCGGUGACCGUACCUCAGGAGCUGGAGACUGUCAGAGACCACCUCUGUGCCUUCUUGGAGUUUUCCAAAGAGGUGGAUGCUAAAUCAUCUUUGCGCUCAUCUGUGCUAAGCACAGGUAACCAGCUUCUGAGACUGAAAAGAGUAGACACUGCUGGCCUAAGGACAGCGCUGGGCCAAGUCAACAGUCAGUGGGCCGAGCUGCUCACUCGUAUCCCUGUAGUACAAGAGAAGCUUCACCAGCUGCAGAUGGAGAAGCUAGCAUCACGACAUGCCAUUACAGAGCUGAUGAGCUGGAUCUCGCUCAUGGAGAACAUCAUAGAGGAGGAUCAGGACAAGAUCAUGGCAGCUGUGGGCUCAGCGGUGGUUCAGGACUACUUGCAAAAGUAUAAGGGUUUCCGUAUAGAUCUGACAUGUAAGCAGUUGACGGUGGACUUUGUAAACCAGUCAGUGCUUCAGAUCAGCAGUCAGGAUGUGGAGGGAAAGCGGAGUGACAAAACAGACUUUGCUGAGAAGCUAGGAGCUAUGAACAGAAGAUGGCAGAUACUACAGGGGCUCAUCGGUGAAAAGAUUCAGCUUUUGGAAGGACUUGUGGAAGGUUGGCUAGAGCAUGAAAAUGGAGUCCAGGCCCUGAAAACCUGGCUUACAGUACAGGAGGAGAAAUUGAAGAAGAGACAGAGGAUAGAGGAUGUAGCAUCAGUGCAGAGUGCACUUAAAGACUGUCAGGAGUUGGAAGAAUUAGUGAAGGAAAAAGAGAAGGAUCUAGAGAAAGCAGAGGAACGAGGAAAUGCUCUCAUCCAGGAUAAGAAAGGCGCAGCCUGCUCUGUUGUAAAGGAAACCCUUAAAGGACUGAACCAGUCCUGGGCUCAUUUGGACCACAUGAUAAGUCAGAUGAAAGUGAACCUGCGGUCGGUGCUAGAGCAGUGGACGUUGUACCGGCGAGCUUCAGAGGAGAUUAAUGGCUACCUGAUGGAGGGGCGGUAUUCUGUGUCCAGGCUGCAACUCCUUAAUGGGUCUCUAGAGGCAGUUCAGCAGCAGGUGGAGAGUCUCGAGAGCCUUCAGGAGGAAAUGGAUAAACAGGAAAGUAGUUUGAGGAAAUUUGGCUCCAUAACUCACCAGCUGCUAACGGAGUGUCACCCGUCGGUGGCGGAAACACUCAACAAAGCUCUCCGGGACGUUAACGUCAGGUGGAAUCAUCUGCUAGAGCAGAUCUCAGAGAAGCUAAGGAGCAGUAAGGCCUUGCUCGGACUGUGGCAGCACUACAGGUCACUGUACAGCCAGUGUGUGACUGCAGUCCAGAAACAGGAAGAACGUGCUGAUCGGCUUCUGAGGAGCGCCACUGACAGGGAGAUAACAGAGGAGGAAAGCAGUGCCUGGAUCAAGGACUGCAAUGAGUGCCUUUGUGACCAAGACUCAGUGCAACAGUCUCUCCAUCAGCUGCAAACAUUGGGUGAACAGCUGAGGAGCCAAGUCGAUUCCUCCUCUGCUGCAUCCCUCCAGUCUGACCACUUGUCGCUCACACAUCGCCUAGUAGCGCUAGAGCACGCCCUGCACAGGCAACAAGAUGUACUGCAGUCUGGAUCUGUGACAUGCGGGGUUUUCAGAAAGCAGCUAGAUAAACUGAUCUGUAUGGCUGAGGAGGCUGAGGAAGUGCUGAAGGAGUCGGACCCAGUUGGUUCACCCGACCUUAAUGUGGUCCAGACGCGUAUAGAAAAACUCAAGGGUCACCUGUUGAAGCUGAGCAGCCUAUCUCCAGACCUGGAACGUGUUAAUGAGAUGGUGUACAGAAUACCAGUCAGUGACAGCGACAUUAAACGGUUGCAAAGUCUCAACAGAGCGUGGGCCACUCACUCUGCUCUCCUCACUGAGAGAUUCAGUAAACUGCAGUCGGUGUUGCUCCAGCAGCAGAGUUUCCUUGAGAAGUGUGAGGCCUGGAUGGAUUUCCUGUCUCAGACUGAGAAGAAGCUAGCUGCUGAGAUCUCAGGCAACUACCAGAGUCUGCUGGAGCAACAGAGAGACCACGAGUUGUUCCAGGCAGAAAUGUUCAGCAGACAGCAAAUUCUUUACUCCAUCAUAAGUGACGGGCAUCAUUUGUUGGACCAAGGACAAGUUGAUGAUGGGAAUGACUUCAGUGUGAAAUUGGCCCUGCUGAGCAAUCAGUGGCAAGGUGUAGUAAGGCGUGCGCAGCAGCGACGGGGCAUCAUCGAUAGUCUGGUUCGGCAGUGGCAGAACUAUCGGGAGAUGGCAGAGAAGCUGCUGCGAUGGCUACAGGAAGUGACCCGUGAUCCAGAUGUGCAUCAGCCAGGAGAACCUGUGGCUCUGCAGCAGGCCAGAAACCUGCUAGAUCAGAUACAGCUGAGGGAUCGAGUGCUUCAACGGCAACAAGGAGGCUACAUCCUCACCGUGGAGGCCGGCAGGAGUCUGCUGCUGUCAGCUGACACCAAGGCGGAGUCCACCCUGCAGACUGAGCUGAUGGAGAUUCAGGAGAGGUGGAGGCAUGCCCACCAUCGCCUGGACCAGCAGAGGAGGCAGCUGCAUGGCUUGCUGAAGAACUGGGAGCGAUGUGAGAAGGGCAUAGAUGUGUCUCUGGAGAAGCUGAGGGCCUUCAAAAGAAAGCUGUCCGUGCCUCUGCCUGAUCACCAUGAGGAGCUACACUCGGAGCAAAUCAGAUGCAAGGAGCUAGAGAGCAGCGUGGAGGGCUGGACCGAUGACCUUACUUCCUUAUUCCUGCUGAGGGACUCUUUGGAGGGCGUGGUGAGUGCUGAUGACAUCACAGUUCUGCAGGAACGCCUCCAGCUGCUACAGCGCCAGUGGGAGGAGGUCUGCCACCAGCUUUCCCUGCGCAGGCAGCAGGUGAGCGAGAAGUUGAAUGAGUGGGCUGUGUUCAAUGAGAAGAACAAGGAGCUGUGUGAGUGGCUCACACAGAUGGAGAGCAAAGUCUCUCAGAAUGGGGACAUCAGUAUCGAAGAGAUGAUUGAAAAGCUACGCAAGGACUACCAGGAGGAGAUCAGUGUUGCUCAGGAGAACAAGCAGCAGCUGCAGGUUAUGGGCGAGCGGCUGGCCAGGGCCAGCCAAGACAACAAGGCGGCCGAAAUUCAGCACAAACUCAGCAAAGUCAGCGAGCGCUGGCAACACCUGCUGGACCUCAUCGCAGCCAGGGUGAAGAAGCUGAGGGAGACCCUGGUGGCGGUACAACAGUUGGAUAAAAACAUGAGCAGCCUGCGGGCGUGGCUUUCUCACAUCGAGACCGAGCUGUCCAAGCCCAUCGUCUACGACACCUGCGAUGACCAGGAGAUUCAGAGGAAACUCAACCAGCAGCAGGAGCUGCAGAGGGACAUAGAGAAACACAGCACAGGCGUGGCGUCAGUGUUGAAUCUGUGCGAAGUCCUUCUGCACGACUGCGAUGCAUGCUCGACAGAGACGGAGUGCGACUCCAUCCAGCAAGCCACCAGAGGGCUCGACCGACGCUGGAGAAACAUCUGUGCCAUGUCCAUGGAGAGGAGACUCAAGAUUGAAGAAACGUGGAGGUUGUGGCAGAAGUUCCUUGAUGAUUAUGGCAGGUUUGAGGAUUGGCUCAAGACCUCGGAAAAAACAGCAGCUCUGCCUAACUCCUCUGGAGUCCUCUAUACUGUUGCUAAAGAGGAGCUCAAGAAGUUUGAGGCUUUCCAGCGGCAGGUGCAGGAAUGCCUGACCCAGCUGGAGCUCAUCAAUAAGCAGUACCGUCGUCUGGCCCGGGAAAACCGCACAGACUCCUCCUGCCAUCUCAGGGAAAUGGUGCAUGAUGGGAACAGGCGAUGGGAUAACCUGCAAAAGAGGGUGGCUGCAAUCAUACGCAGGCUAAAGCACUUCAUCAGUCAGAGGGAGGAGUUUGAGACUGCGCGAGACAGCAUCCUGGUGUGGCUGACUGAAAUGGACCUACAGCUCACCAACAUAGAGCACUUCUCCGAGUGUGAUGUACAGGCCAAAAUAAAACAGCUCAGGGCGUUUCAGCAGGAGAUCUACCUGAACACGGGGAAGCUCGAGCUGGUGUUCAGGCAGGGUGAAGCUCUGAUUGAGAAGAGUGAACCAUUGGAUGCAGCUGUCAUCGAGGAGGAGCUGGAGGAGUUGCAGAGAUACUAUCAGGAGGUCUUCGGACGAGUGGACAGAUACUACAAGAAACUCACACGUCUGCCUCUUGCAGAUGAUGAGCUUGAUGGUUCAGACAGAGAGCUGGACAUGGAGGAAGGUGGAGACCUCUCUGAGAUGCAGUGGUGUGACUCCUCUUUGCCCCGGACAACAACGCGGCGAGCCUCGGGCACUACGACCCUCGUCCGGGCCGACCGCUCAGGCCGAGACACGCCAGCCAGCGUGGACUCCAUCCCGUUAGAGUGGGACCAUGACUACGACCUGAGCAGAGGUCCGGAGAGCCCCGAAGGACAAGGCAACGGGGAAAGAAGCCCAGAGCAUGAGGACGAGGACGUGUAUAUGAGGACGACUGCCACAGCACUGUCAGCCGAGCCAGGCCAGCUGGAAGCCAGUCUGAGGCAGCUGGAUCAGGCUUUGGAUGCAGGGCGAUAUCACCUCCAGCAGAGAGAGGCCUCUGCCAGCCGGGUCAGCCCAGAUGUCGACUCCACGUAUAUGGGCUACAUGCGUCUGAUGGAAGAGUGCCGCAGUAGCAUAGAUGCAGUGAAGAUCGCAGAGGGAGAGCUGACCGAAGAUGAGGAGGACAUGCCAGGACUCACUAACCCUACCAGCACAGACACGCAGAGCGCAGGUGUGAUUGAGCGCUGGGAGCUGAUCCAGGCUCAGUCUCUGAGUGAGAAGCACAAACGUAAUCAAAACCUGCAGCAGUGGCAGGAGCUGAUCUCAGAUCUGCAAACCUUGAGGGCUUGGCUCGGUCAGUCGGAGGCUGAACUCAGCCAGCUGCGGGGGCUCGAUCUCAGCACUGACAUACAGACCAUCCAGCAGAGAAUCAAGAAGCUCAAGGAGCUGCAGAAGGGGGUGGAUGCCCAUAAGUCAGAGGUCCUGUCCAUCAACCUUAGCAGCGCAAACUUCCUCCAAUCAGAGUCUGACUCUGAGGAGGCGUGGGAACUGAGGGACAGGCUGAAGGAGAUGAACUCGUGCUGGGAUCGGCUCUGUGCCUCUCUGGAGCACUGGAGGGAAGAGCUGCAGAGGGCACUGAUGCAGUGCCAGGAGUUCCAUGAGAUGAGUCACGGUCUGCUGCUGUGGCUGGAGAACAUUGACCGCAGGAGGAAUGAGGUGGUUCCCAUCCCCCAAAAAGCAAGUCGCGAAACAUUACGAGCUCAUCAUAAAACACUUAUGCAAAUCAAGUGUGAGCUGCUGGACUCGGAGCAGAAGGUGUCGUCCCUUCAGGAGCUGUCGUCUCAGCUGCUGGUCAACACUAAACCUCAGACUAUGGCCCAGAUCUCGGAGCAGGUCCAGGCUCAGGGCAACGAGUGUCUGGAGGCCCAGGAGAAGGUUCAUGUGAUCUGGAACAGGCUAAGGCUGCUCCAGAGGGAGGUCAACUCAGAUCUGGAGGGGCUGGAGAGGAGACUAGGGGCCAUGGAUGCACAGCAGGUUCACUCACCGUUGCCUGUUGGCAGAUCCGCAGCUCCUGGUUCAGAGGUGACCACCCAAAGCCGCAAACGACUGCCCCGAGGCAAAAGUAGUCAGGCCCACCCAGGACACCCUGAGAGCAGCCCGCGCCACAGCCGGAGCAGAUCACUAGGCGCCGCUGGCUGCGUUUCCUCCCGUUCUGACCUCCCAGACGCCACUUCAUCAGCUUCCUCCUCCUCCUCAAAGGAUAAGUCCUUCCUGCUGCGGGUCCUCAGGGCAGCACUCCCCGUCCACUUGCUCCUCCUGCUCCUCAUUGGCCUGGCCUGCCUAGUGCCCAUGACAGAGGAGGACUACAGCUGCCACCACGCCAAUAACUUCGCCCGCUCCUUCCAUCCCAUGCUGCGCUACACCAACGGACCUCCGCCCAUAUGAAGAGCAGCUGAUUUUUUUUUUUUUUUUUUUUAAAUCUACCUACUGCUUUGCCAAGGACUCCACUGACUCAUGUGAAUGUUUCCUCUUCACCCUGUGCCCUAAAGGAACAAAUUCUUCCCCUUCUGGGGAGUGAGCUGCAUUAUGAAGUAUUUCAGAGGUGAUAUGAAGACUACUCUCACUAAACAUUGCACACCCACUCACCUGAAAUCACCUCAGCCCUUUAAAACAAAAAAAAACAACACUCUCCAGAAUAGAUGGACCUUGAUCUGGAGGAUCCCCCCCCCCUCCCCAGUCCAAAUAUUUCAUGUUGUUUUAACUUAAAUGUGUAUUUUAUUUUUAAGGUUUCUGAAGAAACCUGCGAAAUCAUUGAAAAACAAAGCACUAUUUAUAUACUGUAUGUUGGGAGCCAAAGUCAACUGUGCAUUUUGUCCAUUAUAUCGAGUGCUGCUACUAUUUAUUUAGUGUUCAAUCCGUUAAUAGAUUGUUAGCAUUGAUUAAGCUAAAGCUCUACUGUGAGUGGGGGAUAUUGUAAAUUGUAGAGCAGGCCUGCAGUUGGAGUAGCAAUCAUUCACAGCCUCGGGUGUGAAGAGUUUCAUUUCAGACUGACACAUCUGAACAUCGACUGAGAAGACAUGACCGAAGCCGCACAGAACGAGGUCAGAAGUACUUUCCGAAGGAUGACUCGUUCAAAAGGAGCCUGCUUAAAUUUGGAAAGGAAGUCUAAAAUCUGCACAUAUAGCACUGACAUGAGCACUGUCUGAAGGUACUGCACUGAUGCCCUCCGGCCAAGAUGGCAGACUUUUUUCUCCAAAAGCCAAGGCUUGUGUUUUUUAUUUUAUUUUUUAUUUUCUUUUAGUAUUUUACAAACUGGGACAAAUCUGAAGAAAAAAAAAAAAGAGAGAGAAAAAGAUGAGCUUUCAUUUGUAUAUCAAUGUUUGAAAUGCUAUUGAGUACGGGCAGUUAUUUUUUUAUCUUUCUGUUUGAGCAUGCACUUGAAAGUCUCGCUUUUAAGAAGGCCAAACAAUCUCUGGUAGUGUUUUAGUAGAUGGCUGUGACAUGAAAUAGUUUGCUUUGUAAUAACUGCGAUUAUUAUUCUGCGGUGAUGAGACAUCUGGAUCAUCAUGUUAAAAAAAAAAAAAAAAAAAUUAAAUAUGAAAAUGGUUAUUUAUGUAUGUACAGUUUGCUAAUGCCAACUUCAUGGAGAUACCCUCUUUGCAAAUAAUAAAACAUGAAAUAUUUA